AUGAGCCCCGGCCAGCCAGCCCGGAUAAUAUCGGGUGGAGAGGAGCCGCUCCCCUGCGUCAGCGGCGGCGGCGGCAGUAGCGGCGGCAGUGGCGGUAACGGGGGGUCAACGACGAGGACUUGGACGCGCCCCGCCUGCAGCUUCUGCUUGGCCUACCAGGCGGUCAAGAACCGGGAGCGGGUGCGGCGCAUCCUCGCGGACGUGUGUCUGCGCUACGACGAGGCCGAGGCGCUACUUGCGCGCGCGGCCCGCGCCGAGUCGGAUGAGUUCAGUUGGGGGGUCGUUAGGCUUGCCGGCACCAUGAUCCAGCAGGUUGGUCGACAGCUCGACGCCCUGAGCGAUACGGUCGCUUCGAUGGGAGGGGUUGAUGGAGCAACCGAUUAG